AUGACGACGAGAGGUAUUAAAAGUAGUAGCACGGGUGGUCAUUUUUUGCAGUUAAAACGGUGUUGUUGUUACGAGUGCAACGAUGAUGAUAAAAACACCAAAGUCAUACACACUAGGGAAAGGUUGCGGAGAGGAAGUGGACGCCGCCAACAACGAAAGCGUGGUGGUGUUUCUAUUAUUCGAGCGGCGAAGGCGACGAGUCAGAUUCAGACGACGGGAGAGGAGAGAGACGACUUUUUGGACGAUUCAGGGGGCGAAAAGAGGAAAGGCGAUGCGAAGAAUACCAUCGAAAUGGUGUCUCCGUUUCAAGACGUGGCAGAUGCCAUGCUGAGGAAAGGCAAAGUGCGCUCAGAAGAAGAUGAAGAAGAAAACAAGAAGAAGAUAUAUCCGAGACUGACGAAAGAAACUGUCGACGAAGCGUUGGAGGAAAUCCGGCCGUACGUGAUCAACGACGGCGGAAACAUCGAAGUGGUCGCGGUUUCCGAGGAAGACGGGAUCGUGGCGGUUCGGUUGUUAGGCGCGUGCGCGUCGUGCGCGAGUUCGCAAGCGACGAUGAAAGGCGGCGUGGAAUCCGUGUUGAGGAAAACGUUCGGCGAGAAGGCGUUUAAGGAAGUAAUCAACGUGAGCGGAGACGUCGGGCAGGCGCCUCCGGAGUUGACGAAAGAGGCGGUCGGAGCGCACUUGAAAAGCAUCGAGGAUAGAGUGAAAGGGUACGGGGGCGUCGUGAAAUGUUUAGAGGUGGACGGGAGGAAAGGGAACGUCGUUUUGGGGUUUCGAGGCCCGAAGCCGUUGGCCGCGGCAACCGCGCAGAGUUUGCAAAAGACGUUUCCGUUCAUCAAGACGGCAAGUUUAAAAGAGUUGGACGACGACGACGACGACGAUUAG